AUGCCUUCCAUUCGUACUGGACUGGCCCUCGCCAGCCUAGCAUGGCUAGCCAACGCCAAUACACCGGUUGUUCUCACCCGUGUUGAUUGCACAACUCAGGUUACAACCUCAUAUCUGCCGGGCCCAACAUUUAUUCCAGCCAAUCCUCCAAUGGAGGGAUCUGGAGGGCAGUAUUGGUGCCCUGUCUAUGGUAACCUCUCGUCGGAAAACUCAGACAACCUUGGGACGCCUUGCACCGAAGGCUUCAAAGAUCCAGUCUCGUUCACUCUCUUUUGGAACAGCCUGAAAAACCCGAAGUACACUGCGCAGCAGAAACCUGGUCCGCCCCAGCCUAUUGAAAUGUUUACGGAUUGGGAGUUUGAGACAUACCUCAGCGUCAAGGACAUCACAGAGGCAGGUCUCACAGUUGCCAUCGAUGGAAAGGAGUUGGGAAAUACCUCUAUCCUGGACAAGAGCGGACAUGGCCUGCAUGGAUCUUGGAGAAUCCCUGCUGGAGAAAAUACGGUUCGAAUUUCAUGGAAGUAUCUGUCUGACAAAGAGGACCUUGUGAAAAGUCUUGAUUCUGUACCAGGUCAGUUUCAGUUUGACCGGGUUGUCUCUUGCAAUCAAACGUCUGGCGGAAAUGGGAACACAGGAAACGCGGAUGAAGAGGAGGAAGAGGAUGAAGAGGGGGAAGAGGAAGAAGACAAUGAAAACACUGGUACUACCUCCACUGGCAAGACAUGGAAGAGAACUGCCGACUCGAACAAAAUUGGCAAGCUGGGCAAAACCAUUCACAGAGGGGUGAAGCCAGGGUCCCCAGCAGCUUGCAUUGAGCUUUGUGCUCAAUCUGAAGACAGAGGCUGUAAAUGGGCAGCCUGGACGCCGGCGGAUGGGAGCUGUUUUACAUAUUCCAGUGCUAUCUCAGAGCCGUACGUGACCCUCGUGGGUUCAGACCUUCUUGUUUUCACUUGA